AAUUGAAACAUUUUUGAAUCAAUCAAAUUCCAUUUCUUAAUAUUUUCAUAUACACUUUCUCCUGAAGAUUUUAAAUUUAUAAUAAUAAAUUGGCAGCACUUAAAAAUGCGAGCGCAAUUUUCAAUUUGUUUAUCACCAUCAAGGAGUAUCUGAGUAUAAUUUGAAAUUAUGUCAUAUAUGCGGGAACAAGAAACCAUAGACUCCACCGCUGUGGCAAACUGUUCUGUGGAGUUAGAAGAAGAAUUUGGUCCUGUCUCAAUUACCAAGUUGGAAGUUAAUGGAAUAUCAGGCAAUGACAUCAAAAGACUACAAGAGGCUGGAUUUCAUACCGUGGAAUCAGUAGCGUUUUCACCAAAAAAACUGUUGCUACAAAUACGCGGAUUCUCUGAAACAAAAGCUGAUAAGAUCCUUACAGAAGCAGUCAAGUUGGUACCGAUGGGCUUCACCACUGCCACAUCAAUUUAUCAAAAACGUUCCGAAAUCGUUAUGCUCACAACUGGUUCUAAGGAACUCGAUAAAUUACUGGGAGGAGGCAUCGAAACAGGGUCCAUUACUGAAAUGUUUGGCGAAUUUCGUUGUGGCAAGACACAGUUAUGUCAUACAUUGGCUGUAACAUGUCAAUUACCAAUCAGUCGUAGUGGUGGUGAAGGUAAAUGCCUUUAUAUUGAUACGGAAGGUACAUUUCGACCGGAACGUUUAGCAGCCAUUGCGGAACGAUUCAAACUUGUUAAGGAGGAAGUACUAGAUAACGUCGCCUGUGCUCGAGCCUACAACACAGAUCAUCAGACACAAUUGCUGACACAAGCUGCAGCAAUGAUGGUGGAAUCAAGGUAUGCCCUGCUGGUGGUAGAUAGCGCAACUGCUUUGUACCGCACGGAUUAUACGGGACGUGGUGAAUUAUCGGCACGUCAAAUGCAUCUGGCACGUUUUUUACGUCUAUUGUUGCGUUUAGCUGAUGAGUUUGGUGUCGCUGUAAUUAUAACGAAUCAGGUGGUAGCUCAAGUUGAUAGUGGUCCGGCAAUGUACGCGGCGGACACUAAGAAACCUAUUGGUGGAAAUAUUAUCGCCCAUGCUUCGACCACUAGACUAUAUCUGCGUAAAGGACGAGGUGAAACGCGUAUUUGUAAAAUAUACGAUUCCCCAUGCUUACCCGAGAGUGAAGCGACAUUUGCCAUUUUACCCGACGGUAUCGGUGACGCAAAAGAAUAACAAAAAUUAAUUUAUUUAUAUAAUUUUUAAAAUCAAAUAAGCUGUUUUCAAUAACGUAUUAACUUUAUUUCUCGUUAACAUUUAAAUCAUUAAUACUUACUUUUAAAUUUUGAUGUGUAAUUGGAUUUUCAAUUACGCAAUAAAAUGAUAUUUAAGCAAAUGUUUUAUAGAUAUGGAUAGCUUUAUUAUGUGUAUGCGUUUAGAAAAUCUCUAAAUACUAAAUUUAAUAAUUCUUGGAUUUAUGUGAUGCAACGCAGUUCACUAGCUGCUGACGCGCAUUUACAACAUUAAUUAAGUCAAAUAACAAAAACCUUGACAACAGAAGUGUAAAUACAGAAAAGAUUUAUGAUUUUUUGGCAACUUAUUGGAGUACACAUUAUAAAACCAAUAGAUGAUGUGAAAGAUGUGCUCAAGCAUAUCGAAACCAAUACCGCUGGUUUAAUUAGUAGGCGAGACGACAUAUUUUAUUAGAGUAAUAUAUCUGUUUCAAACAACAGUAUAGUUUUAUAAGCCGAUAUUAUUUAUCAAUAGAUUUAUUUUUUUUCGAUACAUUAUUCGAUUCGGAAUUAAAAAAAAAAUUAAAUAUACUACAGAAUGUGUUUUCAUUUACAUAUGUAUGUAUGUAUGGAUUAAAGAACUUUUUUAUUUAUAGAU